CGCGACAGACAGAAAGAAGCCUUCUUCUUACUCAUCUUCUCUCUCAGUUGAUUCCCCUGUGCGCCCACUGCUGGCCCCUGUCUCAGAACACACCAUGGCGGCAACGGAGAUCCAGCUCGAUCUGCCCGUGGACAUGCACGUGCAUGUGCGGCAGCCGCCCAUGUCGUCGCUCAUCGUGCCCCACCUCGCGCUCGGCGGCAUUCAGACGGCCUACAUCAUGCCCAAUACGAUCCCGCCGAUCAGCAAUGUGUCGCAGUGCGUCGAGUACCUUGACCAGCUCGAGUCGCUCCUCCCGCCGUCGUCCGAUGUCGAGCUGAUCGGCACGCUGUACCUCUCGCCCACGCUCACGCCCGCCGAGGUGCAGCGCGCCGCCGCCGUGCGGCACCCCAAGACGGGCCGGCUGCGCAUCGGGGGCGUCAAGAGCUACCCCAGGGGUGUCACGACCAAUUCAGACGGUGGCAUCGAGAGCUACGACGUCUAUGACGAAGUGUUCGCAGAGAUGGAGCGGCAAGGGCUGGUGCUGAACCUGCAUGGCGAGGUGCCGAGCGACGAAGAAAAGAACAUCACGGUCCUCAAUGCCGAGGCGUCCUUCUUGCAGCACCUGCACAAGCUCCACGCCAAGUUCCCGAAACUGCGCAUCGUCCUCGAGCACGCGACAACGGCCGCGGCCGUCGAGGCGGUCAAGCAGUGCGGCGACACCGUCGGCUGCAGCAUCACGCCUCACCACCUCCAACUCAUUGUCGAUGACUGGGCGGGCAAGCCAGUCAACUUCUGCAAACCCGUAGCAAAGACGUGGGACGAUCGCAAGGCCUUGCGCGAUGUGAUCCGAUCAGGGCACCCGCGCUUCUUCCUCGGGUCCGACUCUGCUCCGCAUCCCUUUGCGUCCAAGAUGCCAUCUGCGGCCUCGCACGGCGAUGUCCAGACGGCCGCAUCGUGUGGCUGCGCCGCCGGCGUCUACACCUCGCCCAUCCUCAUUCCCCUCUGCGCCACACUCCUCGAGUCAUUUGGCGCCCUCGACCGGCUCGAGGCGUACGUCAGCACAAACGCACGCAGCUUCUACCGCCUGCCUGUCAGCCAAGGCAGCGCCAAGCGCAUUCUCAGACGGGAACAGACAACAGUGCCCAGCAGCUUCACCCUCGAUGCACACAAGGACAAGGACGACUGGGCCAGGGACAAGGCCCAGGUGGUGCCCUUCUGGGCGGGCAAGGAACUGCCGUGGAAGAUUAUAUCUUAGAAUUUAUCAAUGGUAAUAUCUCUGACUCUCGCUCAG